UUCAUCUUGAGCAGACCAGGUACUUGAUCACCAUGGGGACCACCAGGAUGUCCCAGAUAUGGAUGCUGAGAUGGGUUAUAUUACUAAUUGGGCUGCAGUCAACACAAGCUGACUUUAUGAGAGAUUUUGGAGAAGAUACAGAAGAUCCUAUGGACACUGAGUGGCAAACAACAGCUGCAAGCAGCAAUACCGAGGUCAAGCCCAACGAAGGCACAAAUGAAUCAACCUCAGAUUUUAUGAGAGAUUUUAGUGAAGGUACGGAAGAUCCUAUGGACAGUGAGUGGCAAACAAAAGAUUUUAUGGGAGAUUUUAGUGAAGGUACGGAAGAUCCCAUGGACAGUGAGUGGCAAACAACAGCUACAAGCAGCAAUACCGAGACGGUCCAGCCCAAUGAAGGCACAAACGAACCAAUCUCAGUCUAUGGUAGUAACCACGUGAACACCAUCUGUAGCAUGUGGGGUAACUUCCACUUCACAACAUUUGACGGGGAGACUUAUCAGUUUAAAGGCACGUGUGAAUAUAACCUGGUGUCCGACUGUCAGAGCCUCAUUCGCCAGUUCUCGGUUUAUGUGAAGAGAACCCAAGAACCCAAAGGUUCAAAGAUCAGCAGACUGUCGGUUACUAUCAAUGACAUUGCCGUGGUAAUGACCGAGGACCUGGUGAUGGUCAAUGAACAGAAUGUAACACUACCCAUCAAUGUCGCAGGAAUCCUCGUGGAGGAGAAUUCAGUUUACACCAAACUCUAUUCCAAACUUGGUAUCAGUGUCAUGUGGAACAGAGACGAUUCAGUUGUGGUGGAGCUGGACUCCAAAUAUUCCAGUCGCACUUGUGGACUAUGUGGUGAUUUUAAUGGGAUUGCACUGGAUGAAUUCAUCCAAUCAGGACGAAGGCUUGGCUAUGUUGAGUUCGGAAAUAUGCACAGUGUUCACGAUCCAAAUCAUUUUUGUGAAGACCCUUUUGAAGAGGUAGAAGAGCAAAAUGCUCAUAAAAAACACCGAUGUGAAAAACGCCAGAAGAUUUGUGGAGACAUUCUGGAAAGUGAAGACUGGUCGUCUUGUAGCUGGGUUCUGAGCCCUCUGCCAUACAUCAAGGCUUGUGAGAAUGACAUGUGUCACCGUCAGCCUGGUGAAACAAACACCACCUCACUUUGCUCGACCCUAUCUGAAUACUCACGUCAGUGCUCGCACGCUGGAGGAACCCCACCCAACUGGAGAACAUCCAACUUCUGCUCGGUGAAAUGUCCUUACAAUAUGGUUUAUUCUGAAAAUGGAUCCCCCUGCAUGAACACAUGCUCACAUAAAGACACAAACAGGCUGUGUGAGGAACACAAAGUCGAUGGCUGCUUCUGCCCUCCAGGCACUGUGUUUGAUGAUAUCUCAAACACGGGCUGUAUCCCACUGAAACAAUGCCAGUGUAAACAUGACCGCGUCUACAAUGCAGGAGAGGUCCUUCAGAAAGAGGUGGAAGAAUGUGUGUGUGAAGGAGGAAACUGGAUUUGUAAGAGUCUGCCCUAUCCUGGUCUGUGCGCAGUAGAGGAAGGAUCUCACUUCACCACCUAUGACGGGAAAGAAUUCACUUUUCAUGGAGACUGCAACUAUUUGCUUUCUAAAGACUGCGAUGAGUCAAAGUUCAUCAUAUUUGGGCAGAUUGUUCCUUGUAUAAAUCUUGAAACUGACACCUGCUUGAAAUCUAUAGUGGUGCUGAUUGACAAUGACAAGAAAAACCCUCUGAUUAUUAAAGCUGAUGGGACAGUACAACACAAUGCUGAAGUUUUACUUCCAUACACCACAGCUGACUUUACCGUGUUCAGGCCGUCGUCAUUUCACAUCAUGUUUCAGACCGCGUUUGGUCUGCAGGUGCAGGUUCAGCUGGUUCCCCUCAUGCAGGUGUACAUCACUGUUGAUCAAAGCUUUCAGGGGAAGACUUGUGGGCUUUGUGGAAAUUUUAACAAAGUGCUUUCUGAUGACCUGAAGACUCCUCAGGGCAUGGUGGAGGGUACAGCAAUUUCAUUUGCAAAUACCUGGAAGGUCGGACUCAACUGCCCUGAUCGGAAAGAGAGAAUAGACGACCCCUGUUCCUAUAGCACCAGUAGCGAGAACUUUGCUGAGCACUGGUGUUCCAAGAUGAAGGACAAAGAGAGCCUGUUUGCCAAAUGUCACGCCUCCGUCAAUCCAGACAGCUACUACAAAAGGUGCAAAUACUCCAGCUGUAGUUGUGAGAAGAGUGAAGAGUGUAUGUGCGCUGUGUUCUCCUCAUAUGCCCGGGCCUGUGCAGCUAAAGGGAUAUUUCUCCAAGGCUGGAGACAGUUAGUGUGCGAGAAAUACACAGAGAAUUGCCCUGCCUCACAAAACUACUCCUAUCAGCUGCAGAGCUGUCAGAGCACCUGUCAAUCUCUCAGUUCGGAGCGCCAGGACUGCAGUGAUGACUUUGUGCCUGUAGAUGGAUGUGCCUGUCCAGAUGGACUCUACCAAGAUGAGAUGGGAGUCUGUGUACCUAUGGAAAAAUGUCCAUGUUACAACAAUGGCUUAAAAGUCCAACCUGGCAGGUCUGUCAGCAUCAAGGAUGAACACUGUGUUUGCAUGAAUGGAAAAUUUCACUGUCUCUCCUGGAAAGCUCCUGUCCUGGAUUGCUCACCACCAAAAGUUUACUUCAACUGCAGUACAGCAGGCCAGAAUGAAAAUGGAUUGGAGUGUGCACAGACUUGUUUGCAACAGAAUGUGGAUUGUUUCUCGCUGGAGUGUGAAUCUGGAUGCCAGUGUCCUACAGGUCUCCUGGAUGAUGGAAGAGGAAACUGCGUUACACCACAUAACUGCCCAUGCUCACACAAUGGACAGGUUUAUGCACCAGGGGCACAGAUAACCAUGGACUGCAAUAAGUGCACUUGUCAAUGGGGAACAUGGUCAUGUACAGAACACAACUGUCCGAGCAUCUGCACUAUUUAUGGAAGUGGACAUUAUCAAACUUUUGAUCAACAAAGAUUCGGCUUUAGAGGGGACUGCAGUUAUAUAGCUGUGCAGGACAAGUGCGGCAAUAAGACCGGUCAUUUUAGCAUGGUGACUGAGAAUAUACCGUGUGGAACAACAGGAACCACGUGUUCAAAAGCUGUUGAUAUCAUUUUGGGGAGGACUAGACUGGAUCUUUCUGGCAACAAAGUAACAGCCACUGACACUGGAGUUGGUCCACUGAUCAAGUACAAAGAAAGAAAGGUUGGCAUGUAUAUCGUCAUCGAUGCUGAGAACGGUCUGACAGUUUUGUGGGAUCGGAAAACCACCGUCCGCAUCAUUCUGCAACCCCAGCAUUCGGGACAAGUUUGCGGCCUUUGUGGAAAUUUCAAUGGAGAUGGAAAAGAUGACUUCACCACCCAAGGAAACCUGCAAACUACAAAUAUAGUAGAGUUUGUCGACAGCUGGAAAGCGUCAAGCAACUGUCCUGAUUCAGAACCGGACUUCGACCCGUGCCUGGCGACUCCCAAUAGACAAACCUGGGCUAAAAGAGAAUGUAGCAUUAUAAAGGAAGAUACUUUCAAGGACUGCCAUAGGAAGGUGGAUCCAAACCCAUAUUACGAGAACUGUGUGAAGGAUUCGUGUGCAUGUGACACGGGUGGAGACUGUGAAUGCUUAUGCACAGCCGUAGCCGCUUACGCUCAAGCCUGCAAUGAAGCAGAUGUUUGUGUGGACUGGAGAACACCUGAGAAGUGCCCUGUGUACUGUGACUACUACAAUAAUCAAGAUGACUGCACAUGGCAUUACAGUCCAUGUCAUACGCCAUGCUACAAAACCUGUCUCAAUCCUGAGGGUAUCUGCAAUAACACUUUACCCAACAUGGAGGGAUGUUAUCCAAAAUGUCCCGAGGACAAGCCUAUUUUUGAUGAGAAAAAUCAAAUUUGUGUUGAGGCAUGUAAUGGUACUUGCUAUAUUAAUGGUACUGAGUUUAAUCCCGGAGAGGAGAUCCCAACAGAAGACCCAUGUCAGAUAUGCAUAUGUGAUGGAAAUGGAAAAAUACAGUGUUUUCAAAAACCUGGAUGCUGUUCCUACAAAGGAACCAAAUAUGAUGACAAAAAAACUAUUUACAGUGUAACAGAUGGCAUGGGAAUGUGCUACUAUGCCAUUUGUAUAAAUACCACUGUGAUUGAAACACAGGAACCCUGUACACCCAGUACUCCAAUAACUACAAUUACAGUGUCAACAACAAAAACAAAAUCAACUACUCCCUCACAACCACCCACUGUGUCCACAUCUUCACCUACACCAACAAAGAUUACAACAUCAACACCUAUUGGAACUACUUCAACAACUAAAAUUAUUCAAUCAACAACACCCAUCCCGUCCACUGUUUCCACACCUACAUCAACAGCAACUACAGGAACUCCAGAAACAAGGACACCAGGUACAUGUGAGUGGUCUGAGUGGUUUAAUGUAUAUAAUCCUAACACAGGAGGGGGGAAUGACUUUGAGACAUAUGAAAAUAUUAAAGAAAGUGGAAAAAAGAUCUGUGAACAUCCAGAAGAUAUUGAAUGUAGAGCUGUGAACAAACCUGACAUGAGCUUUACACAAUAUAUUGAUAAUGCAAAGCAAUCGGUCCAGUGCAAUGUUUUAUAUGGUCUGCAGUGUGAGAAAGAAAAACAGACAGUCCGCCCCUAUAAAUGUGUUGACUAUGAAAUACGGGUCUGCUGUUCUAAUUUCUUCACACCAUCACCCACAACAACACCAACUUCUACACAAACGCCAUUGGCAUCAACAUCCACACCAUCUACCACAUCCUCACAAACACCCAAACCUUCCACUGUGUCCACAUCCUCAUCUACACCAACAAACAUUACAACAUCAGCAGCUCUUGGAAGUACUCCAACAACUAAAAUUACAGAAUCAACAACAAAUACAAAAUCAACCACUCCCUCACAACCACCCACUGUGUCCACAUCUUCACCAACAACUACAGGAACUCCAGAAACAACGACACCAGGUACAUGUGAGUGGUCUGAGUGGUUUAAUGUAUAUAAUCCUAACACAGGAGGGGGGAAUGACUUUGAGACAUAUGAAAAUAUUAAAGAAAGUGGAAAAAAGAUCUGUGAACAUCCAGAAGGUAUUGAAUGUAGAGCUGUGAACAAACCUGACAUGAGCUUUACACAAUAUAUUGAUAAUGCAAAGCAAUCGGUCCAGUGCAAUGUUUUAUAUGGUCUGCAGUGUGAGAAAGAAAAACAGACAGUCCGCCCCUAUAAAUGUGUUGACUAUGAAAUACGGGUCUGCUGUUCUAAUUUCUUCACACCAUCACCCACAACAACAUUAACUUCUACACAAACGCCAUUGGCAUCAACAUCCACACCAUCUACCACAUCCUCACAAACACCCAAACCUUCCACUGUGUCCACAUCCUCAUCUACACCAACAAACAUUACAACAUCAGCAGCUCUUGGAAGUACUCCAACAACUAAAAUUACAGAAUCAACAACAAAUACAAAAUCAACCACUCCCUCACAACCACCCACUGUGUCCACAUCUUCACCAACAACUACAGGAACUCCAGAAACAACGACACCAGGUACAUGUGAGUGGUCUGAGUGGUUUAAUGUAUAUAAUCCUAACACAGGAGGGGGGAAUGACUUUGAGACAUAUGAAAAUAUUAAAGAAAGUGGAAAAAAGAUCUGUGAACAUCCAGAAGAUAUUGAAUGUAGAGCUGUGAACAAACCUGACAUGAGCUUUACACAAUAUAUUGAUAAUGCAAAGCAAUCGGUCCAGUGCAAUGUUUUAUAUGGUCUGCAGUGUGAGAAAGAAAAACAGACAGUCCGCCCCUAUAAAUGUGUUGACUAUGAAAUACGGGUCUGCUGUUCUAAUUUCUUCACACCAUCACCCACAACAACACCAACUUCUACACAAACGCCAUUGGCAUCAACAUCCACACCAUCUACCACAUCCUCACAAACACCCAAACCUUCCACUGUGUCCACAUCCUCAUCUACACCAACAAACAUUACAACAUCAGCAGCUCUUGGAAGUACUCCAACAACUAAAAUUACAGAAUCAACAACAAAUACAAAAUCAACCACUCCCUCACAACCACCCACUGUGUCCACAUCUUCACCAACAACUACAGGAACUCCAGAAACAACGACACCAGGUACAUGUGAGUGGUCUGAGUGGUUUAAUGUAUAUAAUCCUAACACAGGAGGGGGGAAUGACUUUGAGACAUAUGAAAAUAUUAAAGAAAGUGGAAAAAAGAUCUGUGAACAUCCAGAAGGUAUUGAAUGUAGAGCUGUGAACAAACCUGACAUGAGCUUUACACAAUAUAUUGAUAAUGCAAAGCAAUCGGUCCAGUGCAAUGUUUUAUAUGGUCUGCAGUGUGAGAAAGAAAAACAGACAGUCCGCCCCUAUAAAUGUGUUGACUAUGAAAUACGGGUCUGCUGUUCUAAUUUCUUCACACCAUCACCCACAACAACACUAACUUCUACACAAACGCCAUUGGCAUCAACAUCCACACCAUCUACCACAUCCUCACAAACACCCAAACCUUCCACUGUGUCCACAUCCUCAUCUACACCAACAAACAUUACAACAUCAGCAGCUCUUGGAAGUACUCCAACAACUAAAAUUACAGAAUCAACAACAAAUACAAAAUCAACCACUCCCUCACAACCACCCACUGUGUCCACAUCUUCACCAACAACUACAGGAACUCCAGAAACAACGACACCAGGUACAUGUGAGUGGUCUGAGUGGUUUAAUGUAUAUAAUCCUAACACAGGAGGGGGGAAUGACUUUGAGACAUAUGAAAAUAUUAAAGAAAGUGGAAAAAAGAUCUGUGAACAUCCAGAAGAUAUUGAAUGUAGAGCUGUGAACAAACCUGACAUGAGCUUUACACAAUAUAUUGAUAAUGCAAAGCAAUCGGUCCAGUGCAAUGUUUUAUAUGGUCUGCAGUGUGAGAAAGAAAAACAGACAGUCCGCCCCUAUAAAUGUGUUGACUAUGAAAUACGGGUCUGCUGUUCUAAUUUCUUCACACCAUCACCCACAACAACACCAACUUCUACACAAACGCCAUUGGCAUCAACAUCCACACCAUCUACCACAUCCUCACAAACACCCAAACCUUCCACUGUGCCAACAUCCUCACCAACAAACAUUACAACAUCAGCAGCUCUUGGAAGUACUCCAACAACUAAAAUUACAGAAUCAACAACAGUUGUAGGAUCUACCACAUCAUCAACACCCAACCCGUCCACUGUUUCUACAUCUUCACCUACACCAACAGAAAGGACUACAACAACAGGAACACCUCCUGGAAGUUCUCCAACAACUAAUCUAACACAAUCAACAACAGUGGUAGUAUCUUUAACUUCCUCACAAACGCCCAAACCACCCACUGUUUCUCCAUCUUCAUCUACACCAACAGAAAUUAUUACAACAACAACAACAACAGGAACACCUCCUGGAAGUACUCCAACAACUAAUCUUACACAAUCAACAACAGUGGUAGUAUCUACAACUUCCUCACAAACCCCCAAACCACCCACUGUUUCUCCAUCUUCACCUACACCAACAGAAAUUAUUACAACCACAACAGGAACACAUCCUGGAAGUUCUCCAACAACUAAUCUAACACAAUCAACAACAGUGGUAGUAUCUUUAACUUCCUCACAAACGCCCAAACCACCCACUUUUUCUACAUCUUCACCUACACCAACAGAAAUUUUUACAACAACAACAGGAACACCUCCUGGAACUACUCCAACAACUAAUCUAACACAAUCAACAACAAUGGUAGUAUCUACAACUUCCUCACAAACGCCCAAACCACCCACGGUGUCUACAUCUUCACCUACACCAACAGAAAUUAUUACAACAACAACAACAACAACAGGAACACCUCCUGGAAGUACUUCAACAACUAUUCUAACACAAUCAACAACAGUGGUGGUAUCUACAACUUCCUCACAAACGCCCAAACCACCCACUGUUUCUCCAUCUUCACCUACACCAACAGAAAUUUUUACAACAACAACAACAGGAACCCCUCCUGGAAGCACUCCAACAACUAAUCUAACACAAUCAACAACAGUGGUGGUAUCUACAACUUCUUCACAAACGCCCAAACCACUCACUGUUUCUCCAUCUUCACCUACACCAACAGAAAUUGCAACAACAACAACAACAAGAACACCUCCUGGAAGUACUCCAACAACUAAUCUUACACAAUCAACAACAGUGGUAGUAUCUACAACUUCCUCACAAACGCCCAAACCACUCACUGUUUCUCCAUCUUCACCUACACCAACAGAAAUUGCAACAACAACAACAACAACAAGAACACCUCCUGGAAGUACUCCAACAACUAAUCUAACACAAUCAACAACAGUGGUAGUAUCUACAACUUCCUCACAAACGCCCAAACCACUCACUGUUUCUCCAUCUUCACCUACACCAACAGAAAUUGCAACAACAACAACAACAAGAACACCUCCUGGAAGUACUCCAACAACUAAUCUAACACAAUCAACAACAGUGGUGGUAUCUACAAGUUCCUCACAAACACCGAACCCACCCACUGUUUCUCCAUCUUCACCUACACCAAUAGAAAUUAUUACAACAACAACAACAGGAACACCUCCUGGAAGUACUCCAUUAACUAAUCUAACACAAUCAACAACAGUGGUGUUAUCUACAACUUCUUCACAAACGCCCAAACCACCCACUGUUUCUCCAUCUUCACCUACACCAACAGAAAUUAUUACAACAACAACAACAGGAACACCUCCUGGAAGUACUCCAUUAACUAAUCUAACACAAUCAACAACAGUGGUAGUAUCUACAACUUUCUCACAAACGCCCAAACCACCCACUGUUUCUCCAUCAUCACCUACACCAACAGAAAUUACAACAACAACAACAACAACAACAACAAGAACACCUCCUGGAAGUACUCCAACAACUAAUCUAACACAAUCAACAACAGUGGUGGUAUCUACAAGUUCCCCACAAACACCCAAACCACCCACUGUUUCUACAUCUUCAGCUACACCAACAAGAAUUUCUACAACAGCAGGAACAUCUCCUGUUUCAGCUACACAUCCUGGAAGCACUCAAUCAACCUCAUCCACAAAAUCCUUAACAACAACACUGACAUUUACAACUACCAGUCCUAAUACUAGACGUUUUUGUGAAUUUAAUGGAACGCAGUAUAUGCCUGGAAAAACAAUCCUCAAGAAUGUGCACCUUGGCUCUGGGAUCUGUCUGACCAUGAUCUGCUCUGACAGCUUUGUGAUUCAGAAUACAACAAACCCAUGUCCAACUCCACCAACACCAAUCAGCACUCCAUACUAUGACUGCCCUGAAUGGCAAAAAAAUACCAAUGAAACCUUCAUCCUUGGAAACUGCGCCAUGGGAAAGUGCAUAAAGAAAAACAUCAUUGAGAUUAUCCCACAUGAAUGUCCUCCACUAAAAAACAUCACAUGUGCUAAUGGAAUGAAACCAGUGCUGGUAUAUGACAAGGACCACUGCUGCCAGUAUUAUGCCUGUGACUGCUUUUGUGAAGGCUGGGGUGAUCCUCAUUACAACACAUUUGAUGGAACAUUUUACAGUUACCAAGGAAACUGCACAUAUACAUUAAUGGAAGAAAUUCGCCCUCAGUAUAAUUUGAAGAUCUACAUUGAUAAUGUCUAUUGUAACCUCAUUGAUCAUGUUUCCUGUCCAAGAUCAAUUAUUGUAUCUUAUAACAAUUCAUUAGUCAUUACACUUACCAAUAAAAACUUAUUUGGAGGUGCAGAUCUAGAGGUUUCAAUGGACAAUAAAAAGCUAAGACUGCCUUUUAGUCGUGAUGCAGUGAAGGUAGUGAGCUCAGUCUUGGAUUUAAUCCUGGAGAUUCCACAUCUGGGUGUCAUUGUAACAUUCGGAGCCACCGGCUUUGGCAUCAACCUGCCGUUCCAACAUUUUGGAAACAACACGCAAGGGCACUGUGGAACAUGCAACAACAACAGGGCCGAUGACUGUAUGAGUCCUGGAGGGAUCUUGGAGCAUAACUGCACAGUGAUGGCGGAUUACUGGCCAGCUAACCUCACAAACGGCAAAAUAUGCACCCCACCUAAACCGGUACCAAUGACCAAUGGCACUUGCAAUCUUAUGGAAUGCAACCUCCUGAAGAGCAAGUUGUUCGAACAGUGCCAUUCCCACAUUUCUCCAGAUAAGUUUUUUGCAGGCUGUCAAUAUGACUGCAUUCAUAUGAGCAACUCUACCAUGGUGUGUACAAGCCUUGAGACCUACGCGAGGGCUUGUUCUAAGUUAGGCCUUUGCAUAAACUGGAGAAACUACACAAGCCUCUGCAACAUUACAUGCCCAAAAGAUAAAAUCUACAAGCCAUGUGGCCCAGCAGAACCUCAGACCUGUGAAGACCAACCUGAACAAAGCAAACUGUCAGUUCUGACUGAGGGAUGCUUUUGCCCGGAUGGGAUGGAGCUCUUUAACAAAGCAUCAGGAGUCUGUGUGAAAAAAUGCGGAUGCCUGGAUGCAUCCAAGACACCACGUGAGUUUGGUGAGGUCUUCGAGUACAACUGUGAGGACUGUGUCUGUGAUAGGGCCACCAAAUCUGUCAUCUGUAAGCCCAAACAGUGUCUUGAUUCUGUCUCUGAGAGCUGCACACAACCUGGCUUAGUGUUGGUCAAUGUCACCGUUCCCCCAUGCUGUACAUGCUAUUGUAAUAUUACUCUGUGCCCACCUUGGAAUAAAACAUGUGAGAUUGGAUAUUCUCCAGACAUGAAGGUUCCUGAGGGAAAAUGCUGUCCAGAAAUAAUAUGCGUUCCCAAAGAAGUCUGUGUCUUUGACAAAAAAGAGUAUGAGUUUGAUGAGGUCUUCGUGUACAACUGUGAGGACUGUGUCUGUGAUAGGGCCACCAAAUCUGUUCUCUGUAAGCCCAAACAGUGUCUUGAUUCUGUCUCUGAGAGCUGCACACAACCUGGCUUAGUGUUGGUCAAUGUCGCCGAUCCCUCGGACCCAUGCUGCACCAAACAAGUUUGCGAUUGUAAUGUAACUCUGUGCCCACCUUGGAAUAAAACAUGUGAGAUUGGAUAUUCUCCAGACCUGAAGGUGCCUGAGGGAAAAUGCUGUCCAGAAAUAAUAUGCGUACCCAAAGAAGUCUGUGUCUUUGACAGAAAAGAGUAUGAGUUUGAUGAGGUCCUUGUGUACAACUGUGAGGACUGUGUCUGUGAUAGGGCCACCAAAUCUGUCAUCUGUAAGCCCAAACAGUGUCUUGAUUCUGUCCCUGAGAGCUGCACACAACCUGGCUUAGUGUUGGUCAAUGUCAACGAUCCCUCGGACCCAUGCUGCACCAAACAAGUUUGCGAUUGUAAUAUUACUCUGUGCCCACCUUGGAAUAAAACAUGUGAGAUUGGAUAUUCUCCAGACAUGAAGGUUCCUGAGGGAAAAUGCUGUCCAGAAAUAAUAUGCGUGCCCAAAAAAGUCUGUGUCUUUGACAAAAAAGAGUAUGAGUUUGAUGACGUCUUCGAGUACAACUGUGAGGACUGCGUCUGUGAAAGCGACACAAAAUCUGUCACCUGUAAGCCCAAACAGUGUCUUGAUUCUGUCUCUGAGAGCUGCACAAAACCUGGCUUAGUGUUGGUCAAUGUCACCGAUCCCUCGGACCCAUGCUGCACCAAACAAGUUUGCGAUUGUGAUAUAAAUACAUGUCCACCUUGGAAUAAUACAUGUGAGAUUGGAUAUUCUCCAGACAUGAAGGUUCCUGAGGGAAAAUGCUGUCCAGAGAUAAUAUGUGUGCCCAAAGAAGUCUGUGUCUUUGACAAAAAAGAGUAUGAGCCUGGUAGCCCCAUCCCUGUUGAUUGUCAAGAAUGUACAUGUACUCGGGAAGUGGAUCCUAAAACACAAUUGUUCAAGAUCAGCUGCAAAAUGGUGACAUGCGACAAAGUCUGUGAUGAUGGUUAUGAAUAUCAAGAGCCUGAAAGCUUCAAGGACUGCUGUGGGAAGUGCGUGCAAACUCACUGUAUCGUCAAUGUCAAUGGCACCCAACAUAUUCUGAAGGUGGGAGAUGUUUUGCCCACUACUGACCGGGGUUGCGACAGAAUCACGUGCACUAAAGUUAAUGGACAGUUCAUCACUGAUAACUACAGAGUCCAGUGCCCUCCUUUCAACAUCUCCAACUGCCAGCCUGGUACAGACCAGCUCAUGGCUGAUGGCUGCUGCUACUUCUGUGUGGACAAGAUUAAGGGCUGUCAAGUACACACUGUUCACGAUUAUAUAGUUCACGACGACUGCCAAUCAGAGAAUAUAAUGGACCUGACAUUCUGUGAGGGAGAUUGUGCCAGUUAUAGCAGGUACACUGAACCUAAGUCAUCCACCUGCCGCUGUUGCCAGGCCGCCAGCACAAGUAAUAGAACAGUGUCUCUCGGUUGUUCAAAUGGAGUCAAAAUAUCCCACACAUACAUUCAUGUCAAUGAGUGCACCUGCAGCAUAACAGCCUGUCAUGAAACUGGAUUUAGCCAGCCUAAGCUUAAAAACUCCCGCAAGAAACGCGCCUUUCAACUUACAUGAGCGUCUUGAUGACUCAAUAAGCCGUCAAAUAACUGUGUGAAUCUUAUAAUCUGAAUUAAAUUUAAUUGCAAUGCUAUGUUUAACUAUUUCAUCUAUGUUUUCAACUACAAACAUUUUUUCUACAUUGAUCUUUUGAUAAAUUUGUAUUUUCUGCUUGCAUAUGAAACUAAUCACAACAAUUAAAGCAUUUUAAAAGAC